AUGGCUGCUGCGAAUUCGAGUGCCGUGGGGGUGGAAAAAUUCCGUCCCGCCAUAUUGGACGAUAUCGUCGGGAAUGAAGAGACGGUAGAACGACUCAAGGGACUACCGGGUAUCGGCAAGACGACGAGCAUACAUUGUCUGGCGCAUCAACUGUUGGGAGCUGCUUACAAGGAGGGAAUCGAUGUCGUCCGCAACAAGAUCAAGGCGUUUGCCCAGAAAAAAGUGACGCUUCCACCAGGCAGACACAAUAUGACUGCAGGAGCCCAACAAGCUCUCCGCCGCACGAUGGAAAUCUUUUCCAACACGACACGCUUUGCACUCGCAUGCAACCAAUCCAACAAAAUCAUCGAGCCGAUCCAAAGUCGUUGUGCGAUCCUACGCUAUUCCAAGCUCUCGGACGCCCAAGUCAUGAAACGACUGCUCGAAAUAUGCGAAGCGGAGCAGGUCCAAUAUAACGAAGACGGCAUCAAAGCACUCAUCUUUACCGCAGAAGGCGACAUGCGUCAGGCAAUCAACAACCUCCAAUCCACCUUCUCUGGAUUCGGAUUCGUCAACAGCGACAAUGUGUUUAAAGUCUGUGACCAACCGCACCCGCUCAUCGUCCAGGACCUCGUGCGGUAUUGCGUCAAGGGCAACAUUGACAAGGCCAUGGAUCAGCUGAAUAGGUUGUGGAAUGAUGGGUAUGCCGCGGUGGAUAUCGUCGUCACGAUCUUUCGUGUCGUCCGUGCUUUUGACGAGUGA